GAGGACCAGCACGAGAGCGGCGUCGCAGUGCCGUCGUCGUCGUCGUUCGUGGUAAAUACGCGACGCAGUCGCGAGGCAGUCCGCGAGCGGGUUGUUACGCGUGCGGUUUUUCGCGCGGGUUUCGCAGUGCGAAAAGGGGAAGUUCGUGCCGGAGGAUCGCGGACGAACGCGGUCGGAACACGCGUCCCGUCCCCGAGAAACGGAUACUUACGAUCCAGAUCUAGCGGCCGGCUCAAAAAUUACUUGAUGCGCUGAGGAUGCGCCGUGAUUUUUGCAACGGUGGGCUUGCCUGCGCCGUUGUUGUGUGGGUGUCGUCGACUUGCCUGCUCGUCCUCUCGCUGUCAUCAUCGGUCACCGCCGCAGAGCCGUCGCUGCGGGCCGUCGGUCGAUGUCCCUCCUUCGUCGAGCAGAGCGUCUGUCCGUCCAGGUCUCCGGGUUGCGAGAAUGACUUCCAGUGCCAAGGUGCGCCGGAGGAACGCUGUUGCGCGACCGCGUGCGGUCUUCGCUGCGUCAUCGGCGAGCUGACCGGCUGCGAGCAGUUGGCGUUGGCGGCCGUCAGACGGUCGCGGGCACUCGCCCGCGGCCCACCGCAAUUCGUACCGCGAUGUAACAAUGAGACCGGCGAGUUCGAGAGGGUGCAGUGCGAACCACAGGGGCGCAGUUGCUGGUGUGUCAACGACCUCGGUAUCGAGAUCCCCGGCACCAGGGCGCCCAGCAAGACGGCCGUCAACUGCGACAAGCCGCGCGCCUGCCCGGCUCACAGCUGCCGCAUGUUCUGUCCUUUGGGAUUCGAGAUCAAUGAGAACACGGGCUGUCCCAAGUGUGAAUGCCGCGACCCUUGUCGCGGUGUCACCUGUCCGGGCAUAGGUCAAGCGUGCGAACUGAUCGACGUGAGCUGCACGCGGCCUCCGUGUCCGCCGGUGCCCAGCUGCCGUAAGGCGAAGUCCCUGCUGACGAUCUGCCCGGUGGGCGAGCCGCUGCAGAUCACGGACUCGCCGCGGCCGUUCCUCUGCGGCGACAGACCCGGCAAGCCGACUUGCCCGCCGAUGUACAGCUGCCUGGUCGAGCCCAAGCAGGAGUACGGGGUGUGCUGUCCAUCGAAUGUAGGGCUGCAGCGGGUCGGGGAGUGUCCCGUGGACGAUCCGAAUACGACGACGGAGUGCGGGUCCACUUGCCGCUACGACCUGGAGUGCCCCAGCCCGCAGAAAUGUUGCAACAGCGAACGCUGCGGCGGUAACGUGUGCGCGAUACCACGUGGCCUCAGCGUGUGCCACCGGGACCGCGUGCUCGCGGAGAUGCUCAGCGUCUCCGAGCGUGAAGGUCGCGGCUACGUUCCCCAGUGCACGGAGGAUGGGGAUUACGAGACAAGGCAGUGCUCGAGAAACGGCCUCGUUUGCUGGUGCGUGGAUGACAAGGGUAGAAAGAUAUCCGGUUCAAUGGGCCCCGCCGAGAAGAUCGACUGUAAAUCGAUAAUCAAGGCGCGCUCGCUUCCAGCGUCUUGCACGCCUCAACAGUGCGCCCAAGUCUGCCAAUACGGCUUCAGAACGGAUGUUUCCGGUUGCCCGACUUGCGAAUGCGACGACCCGUGCGAGGGAUUCCCUUGCCCGGAAGGGCAGGAGUGCGUCCUGAAGCGCGAGGAUGGCUGUCCCGAUUUUCUAUGCCCGACGAAACCGGAAUGUAAAUCCAAGAAAACUUACAAGAGCCCCUGCCUGCCCGGCACGCCGCUAAUUGAUCAGGACGGGAACGCCGCGACUUGCGCCUCGAACGAGACUUGCCCCGACGGCUACAAGUGCACGAUGGUGCCGGAAGCCGGCCAAUCGGUGUGCUGCAUGGCAACGUCAAGCCCUACGAAAGCACCCACUAUGUGCGAGUACCUACGGGACUUCAACGAUCGCAUGGAGGGCACGCGGGAGGGUAUGUCGCUGGCGGUCCCGGCGCCCCAGUGCGAGCCGGACGGCAGCUACCGAGCCCUGCAGUGUCAGAACGGCAGUUGCAGCUGCGUGAACCACCGCGGCGUGAUCCUGAAGACCGGGCUGGAGCCCACCACGGCGGACUGCAGCGGCACGGUGGAGAAGCUCUCGAGGAGCUGCCAACGUUUGUACUGCAACCUGAUCUGCCCGUACGGCUACGAGCUGGAUACGGCCGGCUGCGAGCAAUGCCGCUGCCACGAGCCGUGUCGCGACGUCAGCUGCAGCACCCACGAGACGUGCACGAUGAUCGACGUGAACUGCGGCCAGGAUCAGUACUGCCCGGCCGUGCCCGCCUGCUUGACGACGAAGCCGGGCCAAUGUCCGUACCUCGUGCCGAGCUCGUCGAGCUGCGAGCUGCAAUGCAGCAACGACCAGGAGUGCCCGUCCGGCGACAAGUGCUGCUCGACCGGCUGCGGCACGCAGUGCGUCUCGCCGGUGAUGGCCACGGCCUGUCAACACGCUCGCGCGGUCGCCGAGCACGCGGCUCGCGAGUCCGGCGAGCCCGCUCGCAGGAUCUACAUACCCAGGUGCGAGGCGAACGGCGCGUUCGAGCCGGUGCAGUGCCACAACGGCGUGUGCUGGUGCGUCGACGAAGAGGGCAAAGAGGCGGCGGGCACGCGAGUGAUCGAGGGUAUCGUGCCGCGCUGCAACACGCCGCUCAGCUGCCCGGAGAUCGGCUGCAAGCUCGACUGCGCGGAUGGCUACGAGCCGGACCCGGACACCGGCUGUCCGACCUGCUCAUGCCGAGACCCGUGCCGGAGUGUCACGUGCCGCGGCGAGAACGAGGCCUGCAGGAUGGUGGAGGUAGCGUGCAGCGCGCCUCCUUGCCCGCCUGUGCCGGUCUGCCUGCCGAAGAAGGACAAUCCGUGUCCGAACGGUUCGCCGUUGAUCGACUCGGACGGCACAGUGGCCACCUGCGGCCCGCACGGCCAUCAUUGCCCGUCGACGCACAAGUGCGAGCUGUCGCCGCUAGACGAGUACGCAGUCUGCUGCCCAAAGCCGCGGGACGUGUGCUUCGAGCCACCCAGGCGGGUGGCCUGCAAUCCGAACGCAUCCGGCUUCAACGAGACUGAGAGGUGGUACUUCGACCCGGAGCGCAACGAGUGCCGGCGAAAGCACGAGUGCACCGUCGGCCACAACGAUUUCGCCAGCCGGCUCGUCUGCGACACCGUAUGCCCGGUGCUGUCGCAGUGCGAGAGACUGCGCGAGAAGAACCUGAAGAGGUCGCAGAGGCUGAGACGACCGACCUUCCUGCCCAAGUGCAACCCGGACAGCGGCACGUGGGAGCCGGUGCAGUGUCUGGAGCACGUCGGGGUCUGCUGGUGCGUGAACCGGAAAGGCCAGCCGGUGAAGGGUUCGCUCACCAGGGGCGCCGAGCCCAAGUGCAAUUUCCGGCAGGCCAGACGGGGCGGUCGGGGCCAGCAGCCGCAGGAGAUCGACCGGGAAAUCCAGGCGAUCAUGGAGGACGCUUUGUUGAGCUUGGAGACGACGGACGAGCGGCGAGCGGACAGGAUCUUGGGCACCAGGUGCCAAGCGAUGAAGGAGAAGGGCCACGUGCCGGCGAUAUGCGACCCGCAGGGCAGAUUCGAGCCCAUGCAGUGCGCCGGCGACACUUGCUGGUGCGUCGACGAGGCGGGCAAUCAGCUCAUCGGCUCGGAACCGUUCCUGAAGGGAACGAGCAUUUGCCUUCCAACACCAGUCGAAGCGGUGGAGGUGACUCUGCGUUUCCCCGGUCGAUUUCUCGCUACGGACGAGACGCGAUUCGUGAAGGAAGCCGAGAACCUGCUGCAAGAGCUCGGAGCGAGGCUGAAGAAGGGCGUGCGGGUGGAGAUCAACCAGGACUCGGCGAUCCUGAGCUUCGAGAUUGUCGGCGCGAACAAGGUGGACGUGGCGUUCCACCUGGAGGAACUCACGCGUAUCCAGAAGCUGUCCAUGCUGGGCUCGUCCGCAGACGCGACCACCUCGCGCUUCACGCAUCGCUCCGCUCCCGUGGCGAUGCAGAGCAGAAUCGUCGCGCUGGAGCAGCGCGAGAUUCUCACCCAGGUGGAGACGCCGGUUUAUCAAACGGCGACGCUCGUGCUCGCGGCUGGGAGCGCCUUCGUUAUCAGCAGCCUCGUCAUUCUGCUGAUGCUGUAUCGCAAGAAGAUGAAGAUGAAGGAUCACACGAAGGCGUUACCGAUGGACCAGCACUUUCUCGCCUACAGCCAACAGCCGGUCUACGUAAUAUCGGGGUCGGAGCAGGACGAGAAGGAGAAGGAGGCGCAGAUGCUGGAGGACAUUCAUACGACGGACACCGUCGUAGGAGCAUAAGCUUCUCACACGUUUCCGUCUUGUACGGCAGUGAUUCGCAAAAGCCUGUCUCUUCGGGAGCGCGCGAGUCACCGGAUUCGCUGGGAGGUAUCCGUCGAUCGAUGCGUGCAAUGUCGACACGGGGACGUCGGUCGAUACUCUUCGAAGCGCUUAUCCCGGCGCUCCCGGAGGCUGCCGAGCGCGCCCGUCAAUCACGAUUAAUUAAUUCUCGGUCCGCCGACUUUUUGAGUUUACAAAGAACCUCUUCUGCCCGCGAUUCGUUCCCCGCAGCGCGCUCGGUGAACCCUACAACCAGCGAGGAGACGAUCCCUUGUCGUGAAGGAAUUAAUAAAAGACGGAUCACAUCUCUCGGAUUAAUUAUGCAACUCUUCAGAAUCAUUGUGAGAGCGAUGUGAUCACGUUGAUCUAUUUCUCUUCGCGUCGAUCGUGGUGAUACGCUCUGAAAGAGACAGACAGCGGAUCCAGCGGACAUACAUCGGACGUACGAUGGAUAAAGAGGCUGAUGAAUGAUAGGGCGCGACGCUACGCGCGAAUCACUGUCGUACACGAUAAUAUAGCGCACGAUAUCGUAGUCAAAGCCGCGUCAUACAUAUUCCCUCUGUCAUUCCGUCAUAAUUUAUUGUCCGCACAUUCAGAGAUUCAUUGCGGCCUAUGGACUCGACGAUCGACCGGCUUUCUGUAGAGGGGACGUAGUGCACACGUUCCAGUGUGACAGAUUAAUAAUACCUUGUCAGUGGCUCAAUAUAUAUAUAUAUAUAUAUAUUUAUAUCUCUAUAUUAAUACAUAUUCGAUGUCAGAUGUUCGCACCGCAGUUAUGAAUCCACUUUAACAUGACUUCGACAUAGCGUGACGGCUUGGUCUCUUUCAGAAAAUAUAGAGUAAUUUUUCAAAUGCGUGCACAACCAGCGCGUCAAAUCGCGAAUGACGAAUUUGCCAAUGGGUGAUGGAUGUCGUAAAUCGAUCGUCGAGCAGCCAAGCCGCAUUUAGGAACGAUUUCAUUAAUCUCGCCGGUCUGUCUUCAUCGUCUCGUACGUGGGAGUCACUAACGCAAGGAUGUCUCGGCCUGAGGAUCACCGGCCGUAGGACGUCGUUGCGUUAAUACAUCGCGCGGGUGUAAAUAUUAGAUUUAUACUGUGUUCGAUUAUUUAUAUAGACGAAUAAAGAACGGAAC